UAUAUAUAUAUAUAUUACGUACGUAUGAGUGCUUGUAAACUAAGUAACUUGUUGAAUGUUGAUCAUGGCAGUGCUUCUUCUUCUCACUCUCCUGUCUCUCUCCUCCCCAAUCCUUUCCCUCUCAAAAUAUAUAAACAUCGACUGUGGAGCAUCAGAAUCCUACUUGGACUCCGACAAAGUAAAAUUAUGGGCCGGAGACAAAGGCUUCACCACCACCGGUAAUAAAAAUUGCUACAGCAACAUUCCGGUGACAAAAAGCCGUAAAACACUCGUUAGAACAUUGUUUUUCUACGGGAACUACGACGAUCGUUCCUCGGCGCCCUCUUUCGACGUUGUUUACGACGGGAAACACCGUGAGACAGUUCAAUUUACUAAUACGCCGCAGCUCAAUAAUAGGGUGAUUUUUAUAUCGGAGGUGAUAUAUUCUCCUGCGAGUGAGGAUAUCAGCGUUUGCCUCAUCCGUACGUCUAAGUCAGAUGUUCCUUUUAUAUCUUCCAUUGAAGUUUAUGGUUUGGAUGCUGACAUGUACGACGGUAUUGGACCUGACGAAGGUCUCCUCCGCAGAAAGCUAGUUCUGUAUGGUUUCAAAAACAUUAAACGCGACACAUUCGGUAGGUUAUGGUUCCCGUUAGAGCCCAACGAACCAGUGUUAAAAACCUCAGCCUCAUCGAUUGACAUCACCGGGGUCCCCAAUAAACCCCCCGCAAAUGUUAUGGCAAAGGCUUUGUCGCAAGACAUCAUAACACUCUCUACCAAAACCUUACCCUUAGCUGGCAGCCAGAUUUACUUGGCUCUAUACUUCUCAGAGCCCAAAAGUCUAGGUCGGACCAUGAAACGGUCGUUCAACGUUUUUCUGGACGACAAGCAACUAAAUUCAGUUCCCAUCGUACCGGUUUUCGGGAAAGCUACAGAGUUCGUCACAAGAGACAUCGUAGCCACUUCGAAGUCUCAGGUGUUUUUUCGAUCUACCAGCGACUCGACGUUGCCUCCAAUCGUCAAUGCUAUGGAGCUAUAUUCGAUAAGUAAGGGUGUCGGUGGUGAUUACGGAGGAGGAGGACAAAGCGGUGACGACCCUGAUGAUGAUCGUAACAAAGGUCGCAACAAAAAAACGAAACCAAAACCAAACGAAGACGCUCGUUUAAAAUUUGAGGCAGCGAAGCAAGCUGCAACAGCAACACAUCAGGGGAAACCCAAGUCCAAGUUACCAGUCAUUCUUGGCGCUUCGUUGGGCUCUGCCUUUGCAUCUAUCUCAUCAGUGUUUGUGGCUAUUUUCUGUAAGAGGAGUCAAAAUGCUAAGUCCCAGUCCAACACGGAACCAGCCACGUCGACAGGGUCUGCAGCAGAGGCAGGGGUAGAACCGCUGGUCGGAGAGCAAUUGGCGAGCGACAGUAAGCCACCCAGGAAAUGAUAAUACGGGUGUGGUUUGAUUCAAAUGUUGUUCAUCUAAAUGAUCACCAUCAGCUUGGAGCCGCCUAGACACCAUUAUUUGUUGAUGCAAAAAGGGUUCUUAAGUCUUUUAAAAAAAAAAAAAAAAAAGGAGGUUCUUAGGUCAAAAAUAUAGUCAAAUAAAUGUAAUCUAUAUAUAUAAAAAGAUGUUGGUGACCCUCCUGUGAUGACACGUCAUCAAUUCGUGCAUUCUGGGAGUGACACGUGUCCCCUUCAUUGAAACUCUGCGUUUCAUUUAUUCAAGUUUAAAUUUCGUUUGGGCUUUUGA